GGUUGCCAUCGCGACCGCAACAAAAAAUGGCGGCCACGGCGUCCAGAGAGGAGCAUGUUUCCUCUGAAGUUCUGCGAGGACUCGCCCGACAUUUAAAUUGUCUCAGCGAAGACAACAAGUCGACAAGAAAGAGAGCUUUGGAGUCCAUCAAGAGAGAAACGGUGGAUAAAAAGCUGUCCGGUGUCGUCCUCCAAGAUCUUUUCUCUGUCCUGCUCAAGCCACUACUCAAAUGUCUCUCCGAUCCGAUGGAAAGAUGCAGAGAAAUCGCUAUUGUGUUAAUAAGUGAGUUUAUUCGCUAUGUGCCCGAACCGCAGGAGUCGUUGCCUUAUCUCAUGCCGUGCAUGGCGCAGCGGUUCGGGGAGAAGGAGAUCCUGGAGCCGGCGGAGGAGCUUCGGUUGUCGGCUAUGGAGAUGUUGACGUUGACGGUGGAGGUGUGCGGGAAGCGGUUAGCACCGUAUCUGAAUGAGAUGAUCAACAUACUGCGGAGAACCAUCGUCGACCCUUUCCCAGAUGUCAAAAGAGAAAGCUGCAAAUGUGCUGUCAACUUUGCCAACAGCGUGCCAGGAAACUUCCACAUGCAAGCUGAGAGUCUGGUCAAGCCGCUCAUGCAGACAAUUGCUCACCAACACUCCAAGGUACGGGUGUCGGUCAUCGAAGCCACAGGGGCGGUCAUUCAGCAUGGCACCGGGAAAAAUGUGGAUGACGUCCUGUCUCACCUGGCGCAGAGACUGUUUGACGACUCACCCCAGGUGAGAAAAGCUGUGACCAUCGUCGUCGGUAACUGGCUGCUCAACUUGAGGGACAGAUACUCCUAUUUCCACAAGUUAAUUCCACUCCUGCUGAGUAACAUUACUGAUGAGAUUCCAGAAAUAAGCCUUCUGGGAGCUGAUUUAUGGCAGCAGGUUGGUGCCCAGUGGGAGAAGGAGAAUGAGGACGACCUCAAGGACAAGAUGGACUUUCUCCUCACUCCUCCUCCCUUUUACCCACCAGGGGUGGAGCGUCCAGGUUUGGGCUGCAGAGAGUUGGUGAUAAGGAAUCUGAUGCGACUUGUGCCCGCCGUGACCCACGACCUGACCGACUGGCUAGUUCCCACUCGGGUCAGAACCUCCCAGCUUCUGUCGGUGCUGCUGCUCCACGCCGAGGACCACAGCACCCAGCACCUACAGCCUCUCCUGGCCCUCCUCUACCGGGCUUGUACCGACUCUGAGAGGGAUGUGGUCAACAAUUGCCUGGCUGCUGCGAAACUGUUGGGCACCUUCGUCCCACCUGAGGUCUUCCUCAAGCUGCUCCUGGAUCAUGUGACCAUCCCAUCCUCCUCAUCCUACCCUUGGUCCGCCCUCAUGGUGCUGCGUGCAGUGCUGGGAGGAUGCCCCAAAGCUGUCCUAACACCACAUCUCCAGCACAUUGCCGACACGCUGGUCCGUCCUGACGUCUGCCAGGAAUAUCAGCAGGUUGUGUACUUGGAGCAGUUGCUGGCCUGCGUGGAUGUGCUGCUGCAUCAGUGCGAUUCCGACUGCGGCUCGGUCAGCCUGCAGCUGCUGCAGGUGCUGGUCACUGUCCAGAGCCUCGCCUCUGAGCCUCACAUCAGCGAGAAGGCCCUGGAGAGCGUACAGAGCUUAUUCAAGGUCCAGGGCCUCGGCUCUGUGUCGGAGCUCUACAGGCAGCACAUGGGCCAGCUGCUGGACUGGCUGUCUGCCUCUGUGAACACCUGGUCCAGUUACACCCCACACAGACUGCAAAUGCACAUCAUCGUGGUGCAAUCAGGUCCUGCAAUUGGGGAGUUUGUAAGCCAGUUGAUGCCUCUGCUGCACUCCUGCCUCCAGCCAGACCGAGACCAGGAGAUGAGGAUGAGCAUCUUCACCAUGCUGGCAAAGCUGCUGCUGGAUGGAGGCAACACGCUGGAUUCCCAAGGGCUCUUCCGGGACCAAUCGGAGAAGUUCCUGGCUGACGUCCUGCUUCCUAACCUGGUGUGGCGCGCGGGCCGCUGUGCUGCUGCCCUGCGGACCGCAGCCCUCAGCUGCCUGCUGGCGCUCCUGCACGGAGGCGCCAUCACACCACAGCAGCUGCUCUCCGUGGAGGACAAGCUGUGUCCACAGAUGCUAUCAGCCCUGGAUGAGGACUCUCAGAUGGCCAGACUUUUGGCCUGCCGCUCCCUGUCCACCAUGCUCAGACUGGUAGGACCUAGUCUACAUCAGGAUGUCCUCAACAAGAUCUACCCUGAGGUGCUGAAGCGUCUGGACGACAGCAGCGAGGAGGUGCGGCACGAGGCUCUGAGGGUUCUCUCUCGCUGGUUGUCCAGCCUGGGGAAAAACUACAACCCAGAGUUCUGCGCCCCACAUCUGCUGUUCCUCUUCCAGCAGCUCCUCCUGCAUCUGGAUGACCCUGAGAGCUCCGUGCAGGACCAAGUCCUUGAGGUUUUGAAGGAAGGCAGCUCGGUCCUUCCCACGCUCCUACAGAAGGAAGUGGAGGCUGUGAGAGACAAACAUCGCAGUCCUCAACAUUGUGACCAACUGCUGCAGCACAUCAGCUUCACGAGCAGACACAAUACUGACGGCUCUACUUAGUGACGCUUUGUUUGUCUCUCCAUUGCACACUUUUAUACGAAGCUACAGCAUAUCAUUGCUUUUGCUACAAGCUUAAAUACAGUAUGUUGUCCACAUUGAUUGCAACAUUUCUUCCACCGCUCUUUGCUUUUUAUAGCAAUCAAAGCCUUAUUAAAUUCACCGUGGUUGUAUUGGGCUUCUUUAUUGUGUCCAUCCUGCAAAUCUCUUGAUGUUUUUUUUGCCAAAAUCUUUUUCAGAAUCUGUGUAAUAUGUCAUAUGGAUAU